AUGGCUGCUUUCAAAAUUAUCAUUGACUGUUUGGGAAUUCUCUACCACAUUCUACAGACCCCACCGUUGGUAUUUACUGAGUUGCGGAUACAAAUGCCACGCCGAUAUCCACUUCUGGGGACUAACGAUACGCAAUGUACGAAGUGCCAACGAGCAUUUGAUUAUCGAGCAGAACAAGCUAUUUGGGAUAUUGGAUGUCCAUCCAAAUUACGUGAAACUUUACCGUUGCGUACAAGUGUGUUUCGGAAAAAUUUACAUGGUGGAAAAUAUCCAUUUGCCCUGGACCACUCAUCCUCACCGUCGGUACCGAGACUGGCUUGGGCGACUGAAAUACAGAAUUUGGAUUUCGCUCUCUUGAUGCCCGAAUUGAUCGAGGGGUUAACGGAUAACGAAAGAGCAAUACACGCUAUAGCACUAAAUGCCAUCACGGAUUUAUUAAAACACGGUCCCCUGGAAAAAAUGAUUGAUGCUCUGCCUAAUAUUACGAUUGCUACAAAGAAGGUCAUGGCAAUGAACAAUGUCGAAAUGAACAGGCGUAUAAUUGAAGUACUCAAGCGCAUUUGCAAAAUCCAGUCCGGUAUCGGGCCCGAUCUGGCUUUCUAUAUGCGAGAGAUACUGGAACCGUUGAAUUAUUACUUCGAAAAGAACCACAACCAAGCCGAUCAGAUUGUUUACAAAGAACAAUUGCACAAGGAUAUCUACGAUCAGUUGGACGAGGUCAUCAAACUAUUCCUACGCAUCUCUGGUCCAGAAAUUGAUACUGCCGAGAGAAAUAUCAAACGGGCUAUACCCACCUAUCAGAUUAACAGGGAACCACAGUGA